AUGGGGAAAGGGCGCAUGAAGGAGGUAGAGACUUGGCACUCCUUUAUGGAGACGCUGAGUUCCUGGCUUGCCCUGCAGGAAGAAGCGUUUGUUCGGGAACUGCAGCUUUGUAUCCCUGUGAAGAAGGAGAUUGUGCAAGCUGACUUGAAUCCCGAGACUGCCGCGCGUAGCUCCAAGCUGUUCUACUACUUGACGCAGUCCCUCGCCAAGUGGGAGCGGGGAAGCGAGCUCUUGAGGUCCUGCUCGAAGAGGCAGGGGCAGAGCGCCUGCGGCUACGAGGUGAUUAGAACGAUUACCUCUCAGUACUCCAUCGUGUCGCGGAUGGAAGCUGUCUUCGUGAGAGAACAGGCUUUGAAGUUGUACCAGCACGUUGGGCAUUUGAAGAGGCCCACCGACUUGAUUCGACAUCUUGAGGAUUCGUUUUCGAAGUCUGAAGCGAAGCUGAGCAACUUUCCGGAGCUUCUGCUGUCUGAGGCUGAUCGCUGCUCUGUCCUGUUACAGAGCUUGGGUGCAGAAGUACGUCAGUACGUGGUACUGCACGGGUCCAGCUCGAACUGGGAAGCUCUUCGAAGGACGCUGACUUACUACGAGGAGCAGCUGCGACUGUGUGAGGCCCCUGGGUCUUCGGGCCGAGCCUUGCAGGAGAAGCUUUGCGACUACUGCGGGAAGAAGGGACACACAGCCGACAAGUGUUGGCAGCGCCAAAAGGAAGAACGUGAACGCGGUGGUGCUCCGAAGGGCAAAGGGAAAGGAGACAAAGGAAAGCCGAAAGGCAAAGGCGACCAGACUCCCAAGGGAUCUGGCACACCCCGUGGUUCCGAGAAGGGCAAGGGCGACAAAGGAAAAGGCGACAAAGGAAAGGACAAAGGCAAGAAGCAGAAGAAGAAGAAGGGACAGCCUGGAAAGGGACGCUCCUUGACAGAGCCGGAGUCCGAGGCCGAGUCGGGAGGAAGCGCCACAGUGAUGGCGAUGAGGUUUUCCUUUCCUGGGCGUGGUUCUUCGGAGCCCUCUUCUUCGGAACGCCGUGUUCUGAGACAGCCUGAGAAGCCUGAGCCGUCCGCCCUUGUAGUUCCGAAGCCGGGUUCAGGACCCGAAGGGUCGCCUGGGUCUGAGAGUCGAGGUUCUGAGUCUAUGGGCUCCUUAGGAUCCCGUAUGUUGAAGUACGGCGACGUAGCUCAUGUCUGCAAGGCCCUCGAGACUACUCCUGGGGACCUGUGGCUAGUUGAUAGUGGAGCCACCUGCCACAUUGUUUCUGACAAACAUCUCUCAGGAUUUCGUGUUGUCAAGAAGUACGACCGAACGGCCAAUCUGUUCAAUGCCUCGGGUGGUGCGAUCGUCGUAUCGGGGGUUGUCGACCUUGAGGUUCACUUUGGUGACGUUUUCCUGAGGUUGGAAGAGGUCUUGGUGGCGGAUGUUGGGUUCAACGUUGUUUCGCCUUGGACCGGGUCGGAACGGGGCUGGAAAACCUAUCUUGCCAAAUCGGGAUCACGAUUGUACAAAGGAAACGGAAAGAAGAGCAUCAAGCUGAUGGGCGCUUCGCGUGCCUGGUGGGCUCUGAGCGGGAGGUCCAAGGGCCGGGGGAAAGAGAAUUCUUCCAGACGCCCCCCGAAAGGGAUCGAGGACAUGGAGAUAGAUGCCUUGAAGGACCGCGACCUGCUAGGAUCGAGCAAGGAGUCCACCGCAGGACCCCAGAAGCCUGGAGAAGGAAUCCUGAAGAAAGGAAGAAAGACUUCGGAAGAAGACGAGUCUGGCCGCCACGCUUUGGCUGUUCCAGAUUCGCAGUAUUCUGAGAGCGAUGCUGAUGGUAGCAUUGCAGCUGGAAGCAACUGCGUGAGCCUAGGAAGCAACUGCGUGAAACAGUGGCAUGUUGGCAUGCUUGGCUUGAUUUUGCAAACGCUGAUGUUGCCGAAUGUUUGCGCUAGCACUGCGCACGAUUCAUCUGCAGCCGUUUUUCUCUGUGGUGAAGAGAGGCUCUCCUGGGAAUCCGCCUACUCCACCGGCUUUGGAGAGCCCCUCUUUCGAACUACCGGGGGUAGAGCCGCCGGGUGGGGGACCAUCGUCGCCGGUGGCGGUCGCGGGCUGGAGGCUGGCCGCAGAUGGGAGCAUGCGGAAACGCUGGGCCUUGCAAAGGUCUCGGUCGACUCUACCGAGCCUAUUCCGUUGCUCUCGCACUUGGCGGGGAUUCCAGCGAACAUGGAAGAUGCCUACGAUGCCCCAUCCCUGGCGUUCUGUGCGCCAGGACACGCCUUGAGAGCACUUUGCUCUCCGGCGGCGACGAUGCUUGGUCCGAUAGGCCUGCCCGACCUAGAGCAUCCAGCUGCUUGGCUACCAGCCACUCCGGUGAUUCCUGUGACAGCGGCCUAUCCGGAGGAGCCAGUGAGGGCUUCGAGGCCGAAGAUGGUGGAAUCGGAAGCCCAAUGUAUCAUUGGGCAGCAGGAAUGGGAGGUUUGGUUGGGACGUUGCCUAGAGGGCAAGAGCCUGGCAGAGUACGGGCUUCAUAUGGUAGAUGUGGAGUUCGCUGUCAGGGUUACCGAACUUCUGGAGGCUCCACGGGCCGCUCGGGCAGCGUGGAAGCGAAGGUUUCAGGAACCCAACCCUGUGUCUAUGCUCCACUAUAUCUUCCAUUGUCGAGCCGUUUUGCAAACCUAUUUGGCUACGCCUGCUGGAUACAAGGGACUGGUGGGAGGACGUUCGAGUCUGCUCGUAAAGGUGCCCCAGUCGGUCACCUCGCUCGAGCUCAAAACGGCUUGGGCGUUCCUAGAUUCGGGCAUAUAUCUCCGUGUUGCCCGAUAUUACAGGCGAAAACGAGAGGAGGAGCGCCUCCACGAGGCCCGGGAAUCCAUGCGAGCGGCAAGGGCCAAAUCGGCAGCGAUCCCUCAGGGUGGUGUAGUGGACACCACCUCUUCGAGCUCCGACGAGGAGUCCUUGCUCCUUGGAGAAGGGGAACUUACUGCGCUGAACAGGGCCCAGGGCCAAGAAGAUUUAUCCGACCUCGCCAUAUGGCGCACAUUGGAAGAACUUACAGGCCAGAGGUUGUCCCAAUUGGAUGGCUAUGUUGGGGCGGCCGACGAGGGAAAUCAGCCCGCCGAGGCGGGACAGCCGGCGCCGCCGAGCCCGGCUUCCUCAAUGCCACCUGGAGAACUGGUGGCUACGGCAUUCAACCUCCCGAGGGUCUCGGCACCUACGCUUCCGGAGGGAAUGCAGAGGGAGGACUAUCGAAGGCACGGCGUGAACAUCCCGCCGUCGGUUCCAAAAAGAUCUCGGCUACCAACGCCUCCGAGGGCUAUGAGUGCGGCUGCGAGUGGUUCUGCCACCGGACAGACUGCCCAGGAACGGGCAUUUGUGCUCAGCCCGCCAUCUUUAAGCCACAGUCAAUUGACUGCGCAGGUGAGGCAAGCCCUCGAAGAGGGCCAGAGAUUGUUGGAGUGA